CAACCCGCGCACACAGAGAUAUACACAGUCGCGCAGCCUCCAUUGUCCGCUUAUCGACCCGUGCCCGAAUACAUGCCCCGCCGUUCCAACCUCCGCUCCUCCCUCCCCAAAACUCCUUCCACCUCCACCACCACGACGAUUAUCACGAUUAUUUCCAUUGCCAUUAACGCCACCACCAUUCACUGAAAUUUCAACUCUGACAUUGCGUCCUCUUCUUCUCACAGAACUUCUAGCUUUCGAAUUCGAGCUAUCUCUCCGUCGGGUCCGUGUUAAUGGCUACGUUGAAGAGCUGCAGCGUGUGUUUGCGAGAGUCUGCUAUCCAGCUUCCGCGUCACCAUCUUAGCGAUAACUACAAGAGGCGGGAUACAAAAUGGAGGUGUCCACGGGCAGCUGUAAUUCCCAAUUUUCAUCUGCCAAUGCGUAGUUUUGAAGUUAAAAACAGGACAUCGGUGGAUGACAUAAAGUCCAUUAGGUUGAUAACAGCCAUCAAAACCCCAUAUCUACCAGAUGGCAGAUUUGAUCUUGAAGCAUACGAUGCUUUGGUCAAUAUGCAGAUUGAAAAUGGAGCUGAAGGUGUGAUUGUUGGUGGCACGACUGGUGAAGGUCAAUUGAUGAGCUGGGAUGAGCACAUAAUGCUCAUUGGCCACACGAUCAACUGCUAUGGUGGAUCGAUUAAGGUAAUAGGAAACACAGGAAGUAAUUCUACUAGAGAAGCAAUUCAUGCCACCGAACAGGGCUUUGCUGUUGGAAUGCAUGCUGCCCUUCACAUCAAUCCUUAUUAUGGGAAAACCUCAUUGGAGGGAUUGGUUGCGCACCUCGAUAGUGUUUUAUCUAUGGGACCUACUAUUAUUUACAAUGUGCCAUCACGAACCGGCCAAGAUAUCCCUGCAAGCGUGGUUCACACGUUGGCACAAAGUCCUAACUUCGCAGGUAUCAAGGAGUGUGUUGGAAAUGAUCGGGUUCAAGAGUACACUGGGAAGAAAAUUGUGGUAUGGAGUGGGAAUGAUGACGAGUGCCAUGAUUCUAGGUGGAGCCAUGGAGCUACCGGAGUUAUAUCUGUUACUAGUAACUUGGUUCCAGGUUUAAUGCGUCAGCUCAUGUUUGGGGGGAAGAAUCCGUCUCUGAAUGCAAAAAUUAUGCCUCUGGUUAAGUGGCUUUUCCAAGAGCCAAAUCCCAUCGGCUUAAACACAGCACUUGCCCAACUUGGUGUUGUGAGGCCGGUCUUCAGGCUGCCAUAUGUACCUCUUCCUCUUGCAAAGAGGGUAGAGUUUGUGAACUUGGUUAAGCAAAUUGGGCGGGAGAAUUUUGUCGGAGAAAAGGAUGUCCGGGUUCUUGAUGAUGAUGAGUUCGUCUUAGUCAGUCGAUAUUGAGGUAGUUUUCUUGUCUAGGACUUUUUUUUUCCUUGGGAUGCUGAGUCUUUUUCCUUCAGAGUUUAUAAGUGAUGUUUUCUUUGGUUUUUGCUUGGCUUUAAAUUACAGACAUGAAUGCUUUUGGGGCUGUUAUCAUAUGAAGUAGUUCUAUGUCGCAAUAAGAAAUGGUUCUUUGUUUAUCA